AUGCAACGGCUUGACGAGUUCUGCACAUGGACUGUCCACGUUGACUGUGUUCCUCUCAAGACACCAUCGGGAGAGACGCCGAUCCAUAUACACGACAUCGUGGUUGAUAAGUAUGUAUCAAAAACCCUCAAGCAGACGGGAGCGUGGGAACCUGUAAACAUCAAUCUCGUUCUGUCAGAAUUAAAAAAAGACCCUGAACUUGGCUUCAUGGAUCUAGGAUCUCAUGUUGGCGCCUUCUCUCUGUCUGUGGCCAAGUUCGGGAGGAAGGUGGUAUCUGUGGAUCCGCUCAUAGAGAAUGUCCAGAGACUGUGUAAGUCUAUUCAGAAAGGUGGCUUCACAGACAGGAUGACCAUCUUAUUCAAUCCCCUUGGAGCAAACCACUCCUUCGUGAAUUUCAAGCCUGAUGUUGGCAACGUUGGAGGGACAAGCGUUGUGGCAUCGUCUGGGUCUCCUUCUAAAUCCCCCUGUGAGGAAUCAGCUGACUCGUAUACUAUCACUCUAGAUGAUACAUUACCCUACCUGCCAUUCAAGAAGGCCGUAUUAAAAAUGGACAUACAAGAGUAUGAAUAUUUUGUUCUCAGCGGUUCAAAAAGGUUUUUCAAAGAGAUAGAAGUUCCUGCAAUUAUGAUGGAAUGGGUACUUAUGAAAACAGACAUUAAUGGGAAAAACCUGGUAGAUUUGUUAUUAGGAUUGCAGUAUUCUGCAUAUGCACCAAGUAUCGGGGGUCAGAAAUUAGACCCAAAUCAGUACAAAAGCUGGCCAUAUGACGUAAUAUGGAAGAAGUAG